AUGUUCGAGCAAGCACACCAGAGAUUCGGCCAUCUCGACGUCGUCGUCUCCAAUGCCGGGAUCAACAGAGAGAACCUACUGGAGGACUCGUACGACCCUGCCACCGGCCGCCUCCAAAAGCCAGAUCUGAAGAACCUCGAGGUCAAUCUGGUCGCGCACGUCUAUUUCGUCAAAUGCGCCGUGCAUUACUUUGAGAAGUCGCCACCACCGCACACAUCUUCCCCACGCACGCACCAAAUCGUCCUGACGGGCUCUGCGGCCAGCUACAUCGACACGCCGCCGCUGUACCAGUACUGUGCGGCCAAGACCGGCGUUCUCGGGCUCAUGAGAAGUCUCAGGACGCAAUUGCCACGCCGAAACAUCACGAUCAAUAUGAUCGCGCCGUGGAUGACAGUGACUCCGAUGCUGCCGGCCGCCAUCAAGGACUUAUGGGGACAUCUUCCCGCCAACACGCCCGAGGGAGUCGCGCGGGCUCUGCUGCUCCCAGCGGUCGAUCAGAGCAUCAACGGCAAGGCGUUCUUUAUCGCUGGAAACCACAUGGUCGAGCUCGAGGACAAGAUCCAUGAGUCCCAGCCAUCAUGGAUGGGGGAGAAGCUGAGUGAGGAUGUGGAUGAGGGUCAGCGACGGUUGAUUCCCGUGGGAAUCAAUCCGGAUAAGUGA